AUGCUAAUCAGUUUUCUCGUAAUUUGUUCUUUUCUUCAGUCGAUGACUUCUCGUUCUUUUUUAUUCAUUUAUAUCUUAUCCUGUUGCUUCUUCUUUCAUUCUUCAUAUUCUCUAUUUCUCCUCAUGUUCCACUUUCUUCUUUUUCAUUCACUUACACUUCCUUUUUUAUUUACUUAUAUUCUCCUCCUCCUCUUUUUCUUACAGAUUUAUAUAUACCUAAUUUUACUUAUCACACGCUCCUCUUUUUCUUUUUUCUUCCUUUUUUCUUUUUUCUCCCCUUUUUCUUUUACUCCCCUUUUUCUUUUUUCUCCCUUUUUUCUCCCCUUUUUCUUUUACUCCCCUUUUUCUUUUUUUUCUACCCUUUUUCUUUUUCUCCCCUUUUUCUUUUACUCCCCUUUUUCUUUUUUCUCCCCUUUUUUCAUUUUCUCACCUUUUUUCUUUUUUCUCCCCUUUUUCUUUUACUCCCCUUUUUCUUUUUUCUUCCCUUUUUCUUUUUCGUUUUUCUCCUUUUUCUUUUACUCCCCUUUUUCUUUUUUCUCUUUUUUCUCCUAUUUUUCUCAUCUUUUUUCCUCUUUUUCUCCUGCUUUUUCUCCCCUCUUCCUCCUCUUCUCUCCUCUUUUUCUCCUUUUACUUUUUCUCCUUUUUUCUUUUUCUCUCCUCUUUUUCUCUUUUCUAUUUUUCUCCUCUUUUUCUUUUUCUCUUUUUUCUCCUUUUUUCUUUUUUCUCCUCUUUUUCUCGUUUCUUUUUUUCCCCUUUUUCACCUCUUUUUUUUUUCUCCUCUUUUUCUUCUAUUUCUCCUCUUUCUCUUUUCUCCUCUCUCUUUUUCUCCUCUUUUUCUCUUUUUCUUCUCUUUCUCUUUUCUCCUCUUUUCAUUUUUUCCUCUUUCUCUUUUUCUCUUUUUUAUCUUUCUUCUUCUCCUUCUUCUCUUCCUUCUCCUCCUCCAUCAUCUUCUUUUCUUCCAUAUACCAUAAUUUCCCUUUCCUUUUUCUCCUCCUCCUCUUCCUUCGCCUUCCUUACAUUCCCUUCCUUUGA